UAAUUAAAAUGGAUGAAGAUAGUGGUAAAAAAAUGAGAGGUAGAGCAAGAGGAAGAGGUCGUGGAAGAGCUAGAGGACGUGUUAGAGGACGUACAAAAAAACCAAUGAAGGUAAUUGAAAGUGAUGAUGAAGAAACAUCACCAUUAAUAAAUACUGAAGAAACACCAAUGGAAAUUGAUAAAAAAUUAGAACAAGAUGAUAAAAAAAAUAUAACAACACAAUUACCAUUAUCAACAACAUCAACAACAACAAUAACAACAAUAACAACAACACCAAUAGCAACAGAAUUUGAUUUAGAAGCUGAUAUAUCACAAUUAGAAGCACCAACAUUUACAACAUUAAAUAGAGGUCCACCAGAACCAAUGUUAAGAUUACGUUGGGAUCAUCGUGUUAAUUUAAUUGGUGAAAAAGUAUUAAAUCCAAUGAUACAUUGUUGUGAUAAAUGUUUAAAACCAAUACUCAUUUAUGGACGUAUGAUACCAUGUAAACAUGUUUUUUGUUUAUCAUGUGGUAAACGUGAAGAUAAAGUAUGUCCACGUUGUAUGGAUAAAGUAUCAAGAGUUGAACAAACUGGUUUAGGUACUGUAUUUAUGUGUACACAUGGUGGUACUAGAUAUGGUAAUGCUGGAUGUCGAAGAACGUACCUGAGUCAACGUGAUUUACAAGCUCAUAUAAAUCAUCGACAUAUAUUAGUACCUCCAACAACAUUAUCAACAAAUCAGACUGAUCAAACAUCAUUAUUUACUCAUACUAAAACAGAUAUUGAUACGUCAAUUAUAAAUAAAGUAACACCUGGAAUGAUGAAUCCAAUUAGAAUCAAACAAAUACAAUCACAUAUGGUAUCACAACAACCACAAUUAGGUAAUGAUCCAAGAGUUAAUUCAUCAACAAAUCAAACGUCUGUUGAUCAUCGACAACAACAACAACAGCAACAGCAACAACAACAUAGACCACAACAAAUAAUGACAAUGCAAAAUUAUACUCAAAAUAGCUCAAGUACAACAAGUACAACAAUGAGAACAAAUUUAAUAACUGUUCCAAUACAAGAUAAUUCAAUUAAUCAUGAUAUUCAUCCACAACAACAACAGCAACAACAACAACAGAGUCAUCAUUAUUAUCAACAAGCACAAGUUGGUUAUGGAUAUAGUGUACCUCCUCCAACAGUAUCACAAAAUCAAAAUUAUUAUUCUGGACAAGUUGGUUAUCCAUCACAACAACAACAGCAACAACAACAGCAACAACAAGGACAAGGACAAUAUGUUGCAACGAGUGGAAAUAUUCGUCCAUCACCAAAUGGAUAUAUACAAGAUGGACAGUAUGCACAGCAACAAGUGCCAUCUCAAACUCAGUGGAAUCAACAUCAACAACAACAAUUUUACAGAUGAACCUGGGAUUAUUUGUCAUUAAUUAUUAUUACUAUUAUAUAUUGUUGCAAUGAUAAAUUAUCGACAAAGUUUAAUAUACAUAAUAAUAAUCUUU